AUGAAGACAACGUGGAAGGAUAUUGCGCCUGUUCCUACCCACCAGGAAUUCCUGGAUAUUGUCCUGAGCCGUACUCAGCGACAAUUGCCCACUCAGAUUCGUGCCGGUUUCAAGAUCAGCCGUAUCAGAGGUUUCUACACCCGUAAGGUCAAGUUCACCCAGGAGACCUUCGGUGAUAAGUUCCAGGCUAUCCUCGAUGGAUUCCCUCGCCUGCAGGACAUUCAUCCUUUCCACAAGGAUUUGAUGAACACCCUCUAUGACGCCGACCACUUCCGCAUUGCCCUCGGUCAGGUUUCGACUGCCAAGCACCUGAUCGAAACCGUUUCCCGCGAUUACGUCCGUCUCAUCAAGUAUGCGCAGUCUUUGUUCCAGUGCAAGCAGCUGAAGCGCGCUGCGCUCGGUCGCAUGGCCACCAUUUGUCGUCGCCUGAAAGACCCUCUUGUCUACCUCGAGCAGGUUCGUCAGCACUUGGGUCGUUUGCCCUCGAUUGAUCCCAACACCCGCACUCUCCUGAUCUGCGGUUACCCCAACGUUGGAAAGUCCAGUUUCCUGAAGAACAUCACCCGUGCCGAUGUCGAUGUUCAGCCCUAUGCUUUCACCACCAAGUCUCUGUUUGUCGGUCACUUCGACUACAAGUACCUGCGCUUCCAGGCCAUCGAUACCCCCGGUAUUCUCGACCACCCGCUUGAGGAGAUGAACACUAUUGAAAUGCAGUCUAUCACCGCAGUUGCUCACUUGCGCUCUGCCAUUUUGUACUUCAUGGAUUUGUCGGAGCAGUGCGGUUACUCUGUUACGGACCAGAUCAAGCUUUACCACAGCAUCAAGCCCUUGUUCGCCAACAAGAUUGUGUACAUCGUCAUUAACAAGAUUGAUGUUCGCCGUCCUGAGGACCUCGAUCCCGAGCAGGCGGCCGAAUUGCAGGAGAUCCUUAAGUCUGGAGAUGUUGAGAUGCUCCAGGCCUCUUGCACUACCACCGAGGGUGUUACUGCUGUCAAGAACGCUGCUUGCGACAAGCUGCUUGCCGAGCGUGUCUCGCAGAAGCUGAAGUCCGGCUCCAACAGUGCUACCCCCGGUGGCCGUCUUGGUGACGUCCUGGCCCGUAUCCACGUUGCUCAACCCAUGGGGGGUGUGCGCGAGACCUUCAUCCCCGACGCUGUCAAGGAUCUCAAGAAAUACGACAAGAACGAUCCCAACCGCCCCAGACUCGAGCGCGACCUGGAGGAGGAGAAUGGUGGUGCUGGUGUCUACAGCUUCGAUAUGCAGCGCGAUUACACAUUGGCCAACAAGGACUGGAACCACGACAAGAUUCCCGAGGUGUGGAACGGCAAGAACAUUUACGAUUUCGUGGACCCGGAUAUCGAGAAGAAGCUGGCUGCUUUGGAGGAGGAAGAGGAGAAGCUCGAGGCCGAUGGAUACUACGAGUCUGACGAGAGUGUUGAGGAUGCUGAGGAUGCCGACAACCGUAUGAAGGCAAACCUGAUCCGCGAGAAGCGUGUGCUUCUGCGCAACGAGGCCAAGAUGCGCAAGUCGCUCAAGAACCGCGCCCAAAUUCCCCGCAGUGCCAAGGCGAAGAAGCUUUCUCAACUCGAGCGUGGUCUCGACUCCGCUGGUUACGAUGUGGAUGCUGCUGGUGAACGUGCCCGUUCCCAGAGCAUGGUUCGUGGACGUCCUCUUGCUCGCGACGAUGCCGGUGGUGACGACGCCAUGGACCUUGAUGACCCCAAGGCGGCCAUUGCUCGUGCUAAGAGCCGUGCUCGCAGCCAGGCGGCUACUGAUCGUCGUAACGACGGUGUUGUUGACGAGAUGGCUCGCACCAAUGCCGAACGCCUGUUCAAGCUGGGACAGAAGAAGAUGAACCGUAUGGCUCGCCAGGGUGAGGCCGAUCGUCACACCACCGCCUCUCUUCCCAAGCACUUGUUCACCGGAAAGCGCAGUUUCUCCAACCAGCGCCGUUAA